GUAGAUAGUGUUCAGUGGUUAGGCCGCCGUGCGGGCCGUCGAAAGUGAAUUAACAGGUGUCUCAACGAGCGCAAACUUUCUGAGCAACAAUCCUCCGAGCGAAAAGUGUUUGUUCGUUAUUUCCAACGAUUUUAUUCGGGCGUUUCGAUCUCGGGAUUUUGGUAUCCGGCGAGGAUAGAAAAAUAUUCAGAGGCUUCUAUCCUCCGUGGGGAAAAGCGUCUUCGAAUAGAAAUUGCUCGAGUAACUCGACGCGAACACUCGUCCGACUGGGGAGUGCGCUCUCGAAGAGACUUUUCCUAGCUUAUCUCGUGAUUCCAUCGGAACAUGAUGUCAGAGACCGUCGUUACGGUCCAGGAUGGCGCACCCAACAAUGCCAACAACCCGCGUCAAGCACCAACGGUUAAGACCGAACCGGGUCAACCCCGUCUCGUCCCCGGAAACUUCUUGAAUGUGCUCUACUUCAAGUCCAUACCUGGCAUCGUCAAACUCGUCCAAUUGGCUCUUGGGAUCAUUUGCAUGGCAUGCGCCUCACCAGCGGUCAUACCGGCCACAAGUUGGUUCCUCUUCGUUGCAGCGACGUCAUUCACUUUCAGCCUCUUGUGGACUUUCGUCUACCUGUUUUCCGUUCGCGAGUCUCUCAGAGUCCCGAUCAACUGGAUUCUUACCGAGCUGCUCAACACAGGGGUCGAAACCGUAUUGUAUGCCAUUGCAUUCAUCGUGCAGCUCUCGACGUGGAGUGCGUACACUUCCGCUUUUGGAUUUAAGGCUUCUAACAUAACUGCGGGUGUUUUCGGUAUCUUCAACACAAUAGCGUACGCGGCAGGCACGUAUUUCCUCUGGCUCGAGUGGAAAAACAGAGAUCCCCAGUGAGGAGAGGCCUCAGUACCUGAAAAAAAUACCAACGAGAAAACAGCUCUGUUGCAUCAGCACCCACCUCGCAGGAUCUUCCCACAAUCAUCGAAUUCAUCGCUGGCUGAUCCUGAAUUCACUUUUUCGCAGGCUCCCUGCUGGCUUUCUUUUUUUACCGAAACAACCUCAACAGUCGAAAGUAACCCAACUGGAGAAUGCUUCCUUCAAGUUAAACGCUCUUGCUCAUCGAACACGGUCCAUUCACACUCGUCGUCUCACCGGACACAAGCCACGAGGAAACUCGGAGGAACGUCUAUCCUCAGUCCUGCGCAAUCCUGGCAAGUUUCUUUUAACCAAAGACUGGAGCUCAGAGCGUUAGGAAACCUCGGUUACCGACCGAUGCUUCGUUGUCGACUGCUUUUCCCACGAAUUCGUCUCUGCGAGGGAAAACCAUUGAUUUGACUCGGAAAGAAUCUUCGAUUCUCCGGAUUUCUUCUUCGGUGUCCGCCUCGAAACACGCCCCACUCGUCACCAUUAAAUCCUCUUGCACUUGAUACAACGACGAAUACACACGCUUCGCGUGCAGAAAUCCGGAAAUCAUGCCGGAUCCGCCGAGAGUCGACGGACAGUGCAAUUCUCAAGAUAAAUGUCAUCGAUCAUUUUGUUCUGCGAUCGAUUCUCGCGUAGAUAUCAACGAAUCAAAAACACUCGCUGAUUCAAAGAAUUUUCUCAUUCGUCGACUGAUAACGUUGGGCCGCACUUUCCGAGGAUUUUGAGCCCAAAAAGCUCUGUUUUCUUAACGAUAUGUACUUUUCAAGGGUGUAUAAAAAGCUACCACCAACUCAGGCGCAAAUUUUUAUUGCGUUGAAAACGAGAAUAAAUUGAUGAAAUUAACAGAUUUUCACUAUUUACUAGAAACAUGGUAGAGAAAAAGAAAACGAAAAAAUAAAAAUAGCCAAGUUUUUGAAUUCUGAGGUUAGCGGCACAGUCUUUCGUCGAUUAUCCGCUCGAAAAGUUGUCACAACCCAGCAGGGAUUUAUUACGAUAUUUCAUACGCAAAAUCAAGAACGAUUUUAUACGAUUCGUCUUUAGGUAUCGGAUCUGGGACCCGGAAUAAUAAAACGUCAAAAAAAGUGCCUUAAAUGUCCGUCUUGGGGGAGGAAAAAGAUUUUGGAGUUACUGGCCCCUGGACGCUUCUUUUUCCGUAAUUGCUCGCGUACCAAAAUCGAUUCGAGUCAGAUUUUUUGAAUCUUGAAUGAUCGAUCAAUCGUGUUCGAUUUGUUUGUUUUUUUUUUUAUUUUCUCCUUGAAUCAAAAAGUUUCAGAACUUUCCACAAACCACGAUUAUCGUCAGUUUUAUGACUACCGAAAUCUCAGUUUGUGGAAAAUUCGAGUUUUUUUUUCGCGAGCUCCGGAACUAGCGGCUUUGAGGGACCGUAACUCAAUGAAAUCAAUUCAAACUUACUUAACAACGGUACAAAAUGUUAUUUCGUCUACAUACGUAAAUAAUAUAUUGAUAUUUACAUAUAUAUUUAUACAUAAAACAAGAUUUAAAAAUCCCGUUUAUUUUCUCACAUCGAACUGCGUUAAACACGAAUGAAGGAUGAGCCCGAAUCUAAUGCGUUCUUUCUGUUUCCCCUUAACCUCUGUCUCUCUCUCUCUGUUACUUUUCCUGGUUAAGCUAAACAACGAUACAACAUCAAAAGAUAAAUAUCGAGGAUUGCAUUUAAUUUAAAAGCUCUGCGACAUCAAAUAUAUUCUUUCUUCUCUCUUCAUAUUUGUUAAUUGUUAAUAUAUAUAUUAUAUAUUAUAUAUAUUUUAUGAAAUAUACGAAACAAACCAAUAUGCGAGCACAGUAAGGAUCCUACUGUGCUCGCCCAUCGUAUAGCGAGUGGUUGCCUGCAAUCAUGUACAUCUGUUUGAAUUUUUUUUUAUUUUCGCAAUUUUAUUUAUUUUUAAGCUAUCGAUGAUGAAUAAAAAUUGAACUUAAUUUA